AUGGCACCCGAGGCGAGCAAGAACAAGUACUCUGUACUUUUGCCCACAUACAGUGAGCGCCGCAACCUCCCUAUUAUAACAUGGCUGCUCAACAAGACAUUCACCGAGAACAACCUCGAUUGGGAACUUAUCAUUGUCGACGACGGCUCUCCAGACGGUACCCAAGAAGUCGCUGCCCAGCUCCAAAAGGUCUACUCCCCCGAACGCAUCCAGAUCCGCGCACGCGCAGGCAAAUUGGGUCUCGGCACGGCCUACGUUCACGGCCUGCAAUUCGCAACUGGCAACUUUGUCAUCAUCAUGGACGCGGAUUUCUCCCAUCACCCCAAGUUCAUCGCGCCCAUGAUUGCGCUCCAAAAGACGAAGAACUACGACAUUGUUACCGGGACGCGGUAUGCGGGCAACGGCGGCGUCUACGGCUGGGAUCUGAAGCGCAAGUUUGUUAGCAGGGGUGCGAAUCUGUUCGCGGAUACUGUCCUCAGGCCCGGCGUGAGCGAUCUCACAGGCUCCUUCAGGCUGUACAAGAAGGAGAUUCUGCAAAAGGUUAUCCGGAGCACAGAGAGCAAAGGAUAUACGUUCCAGAUGGAGAUGAUGGUGCGUGCGAAGGCUAUGGGAUGCACGGUUGCCGAGGUUCCGAUUUCGUUUGUUGAUCGCCUUUACGGCGAGAGCAAACUUGGUGGCGAUGAGAUUGUAGAGUAUGCCAAGGGCGUCUUGAACCUCUGGUUAAAGGUCUAG